UAUAAAGAGAGGCCCUCGGUCUCUUUAAGACAAGACAAAUUAACGACUUGUACAAAUAAUUGGCUGCAUUGCUUCAUUUUUGACAUCACUAAAACAUUUAUGGUGUCCAUUGACGCGCUUCAUGCUUGAGACGAGGCCAGAGGACAAUGAUGGAGUAUUUGAGCGACAAGUUCUCCUUGAAAAGUCCAGCGAUUAAAGGCAGCGAUUACUACAUGGACCAAGUCAUGGAGACUUUAGAUAAUGUGCAGUACUACAACAAGGCAUCGCCGAAAUGCGUCCAAUCAUUCCCGAUGCAGAGCAAUGACCAGCACUCCUCCAUGGACAGGUCGUCUCCGUGCGACAACCAAAGCAGCGUGACUUACUGCGCUCCUAAAUCUGAGGAGAGCAGCCUGCACGCGAUGGAGAACUGCUGUAGCCUCAGGGUCUCACCGGCCACAAGCGUACCCGACAAAACAGACCUCGACGAACUCGGAGAAAAAUGCGACAGCAACGUGUCGAGCAGCAAGAAGAGACGCCACCGCACAACCUUCACAAGCGCUCAACUGGAGGAGCUGGAGAAAGUCUUCCAGAAAACCCAUUAUCCAGAUGUGUACGUGAGAGAGCAGCUGGCCAUGCGGACAGAGCUCACGGAGGCCCGGGUUCAGGUAUGGUUCCAGAACAGAAGAGCCAAGUGGAGGAAGAGAGAAAGAUAUGGACAAAUCCAGCAGGCCAAAAGCCAUUUUGCAGCAACUUAUGACAUCUCAAUGCUGCCACGGACAGACAGCUACUCACAGAUCUCCAAUAACCUGUGGACGGGGCCUAGCGCGGGCAGCUCAGUGGUGUCGUCCUGUAUGAUCCCCCGAGGGUCCCCUCCCUGCGUCACGUCCCCGUACCCACAUUCACCCAGAGCCACGGAGCAUGGGGGAUUCCCAAACCACCAGCAAAAUCAGUUCGGAGUCAAUCAUGUGUCCCUCAACAACUUCUUCGCCGAUUCGCUUCUGGCUUCGUCAGCGAACAGUCACGCCGCGUUUGAGACCAAACCGGAGUUCGAGCGCCGCUCCUCCAGCAUUGCUGUACUGCGGAUGAAGGCCAAAGAACACACAGCCAACAUCUCCUGGGCCAUGUGAACUUGUAAUUACUCACAGAGCCAGGAUUUCGAUGGUUGUAGACUAAUAAUUAUAAUAUUAACACAGCCAGUUAUGCUCAUGAAUAAGUGGCUGUGCAAAAUUUUAUUUGAAGUUUUCGGUUCUUUUAAAGUAAGUGUUAAGGCAAGACGCUACAGGGGAACAGGGUUAAAAGAAAUAGUUACUAUAUCACCAUUCUUCAUCGGCCUGUUGAAUUUUUUAAGAGCUAAAUUGUAAAUCGCAAUUGUAUUGUAUUGAAAUGCAAUGCAAAUGAUAUGCAAUUUUAUGCAAAUAAGGCAUUAUUUCAAUUCAGUUUGAGGUCAUUUGCAAAUACUUCCAGAACAGAUAUCUGAACACUAGUUGAAGUCAGAUUCAGAGCUUCAUUAUUUAGAAAACACUGCGAUCAGCCAGAAAAAAAAUCCCAUUUUAAGUACAAAAACAAUUGUGUCUUUAUAAGGUUAAUUAUGUUUGAACAUAUACUUUGGUAAAACAUUCAGAAUACUGAUUAAAAAUAAAACUAAAGUUUGGUGUUCUGUAUUUAAAUAUAUGACUCAGCAAUGGAAAAAAAAAUCUACAUUUGUUUUUGAAAACAGCCUUUAAAAAUAUGCGGAUGAAUUUGUUCCAAGUAAAAGUAUAGACUUUAAUCUGAAGCAAAUUAGAUGCAAAUUGAUAAAUUGCAAAGCAAGAAACAAUAAGAAGUGUAUUUUGGAUGUUUUCUUUACAUUAGUCUGAAAAGGCGGUUCCACUUAUUUUUAGGUGGCCUUAACUACUAUGUACUUGCAUCAAAAAAAUUGAUUUCUGGUGCUCUUGAGGUGGGAUACAGGUAGGCUUAGGGAUAGGUUAGGUGGUAUUGGGUAGGUUUAAGAGUUGGUUAAGGCAUAAUGGAUGGUCAACAGUGUAAUUAAAUAUGUGAUUACAGAAAUUAAUUACUUGCAGGUAUUUAAUCAAUCAUAAAACAUGUAUUUACACAAUAAGUACAAUCUAACAUAUGAUUAAUUCUUGUAUACUGUAAGUACGUAUUAGUUAAGGUCAUCUAAUAUAAAGUGGGCUAUUUAAAAAAUAUACAGUGCUCAGCAUAUACAGUAUAAGUACACCCCUCACAAAUCUAUCUUUUAAGUUCAUAUUUUUAAUAGGAAGCUACACAAUAUUAUAUUUGUGCAUAUACAUUAGAUUAGUCAGUACUGAAGCCAAAUCUGGAGCUUAUCUAACAAAAUAACUUACAAUAAUGGUCUAAAAACUAGUACAGACAAAUUAAUGUUAUAAAAAAAUAUUAAAUACAAACUUAAAAUGCAAUUGCAAUUAUUUUUGCAAUAUUUAGCUUGAAUUUAAUUGUAUUAUCUUUCAAUUUCUAAAUCUGUUUGGUGACUAAAUUAUUAUUUUCAUAAAUAUAUCUGUAUAAUAAAUCUGUUUUGUUUAAAUGCAUCAAAAUACAUUGCCUAUAUUCACUAAGAAAUGGAUAAAAAUAUUCAUUUUCAAAAUGGGGUGUACUCAAUUAUGACGAGCACUGUAUAUAAAUUUUUCCUUUAUUGAAAGAGCCCAAAAGCCCAGAAUCUCAAAACUGAGAGGUGCAACAAAGAAACAACACCAGCAACAAGAGUUUUAGCCUGCAGUGUCUCGCCUUAAUGAAACAGUGAGUUUUCCUAUUUUGUCUUGGGAUCUGUUAUUGUGAACCUGAAGGACAGAACUGUACAGUACAGUAUUAUCCUCUUAUGACUGUAACAGAGAUGUUACGGCCGACAUACUAACACUAUGUCUGUGUGCUUUGCAGCAAAGCUGUUUAACGCUCUCUAGCUGUGGCCAGUCUGCAGUGCCACAUACAGAGGAGCCCUUUUUUAUUUUAUGGUAAUAAAAGUUCAUUCAAGUGA